AUGUUGUGCUAUUACAGCCAGACGGCGACACAGAGGUACGUCCCACCCCCCCCCCCGACCCCCAUAUCGCCUCCGAAGCCCCCCAAACCCACUGGAUUUCCCCCCCACAGCUACGGGGCGUACCCAGCCCCACCGACACAGGGCUACUCGCAGCAGAGCAGCCAACCCUACGGGCAGCAGAGCUACAGCAGCUACAGCCAGCCGGCCGACGGGGCGGCCUACAGCCAGAGCAGCUACAGCUCCUCCUACGGACAGGCGCAGAGCAGUUACAGCACGCAGUCGACGCCUCCCACCUACGGCACGAGCGGGGGCUACGGCGGCGGGCAGAGCUCCCAGCCCUCCUAUGGCCAGACCUCCUCCUACCCCAGCUACAACCAGCCGCCCUCCGCCAGCUCCUCCGCCGGCAGCUAUGGGGGCAGCUCGCAGAGCUCCAGCUACGGGCAGCCUCCCAGCUCCGGCUACAGCCAGCAGUCGUCAUACAGCAGCCAGCAGCCCUCCUACAGCCAGCAGUCCUCCUACAGCGCCCCGCAGAGCUACAGCCAGCAGAGCCAGUACAGCAACAGCGGCUCCUCCAGCAGCUAUGGGCAGGAGCAAGCCCCGAUGAGCGGCUCGGGAGGAUACCAGGAGCAGAGCUACGGCGGGCAGCAGGAACGCAGCCGCGGGCGAGGAGGGUACGGCCGGGGCGGCUACGAGCGCGGGGGCCGCGGUAGCCGGGGCGGCCGUGGAGGCAACAUGGGCGGUGGUGAGCGUGGUGGCUUCAAUAAAUUUGGUGGACCCCGGGACCAAGGGCCGAGGCAUGACCCUGGUGAGCAGGACAACUCGGACAACAACACCAUCUUCGUGCAAGGCCUGGGCGAGAACGUCACCAUCGAGUCGGUGGCCGACUACUUCAAGCAGAUUGGCAUCAUUAAGACCAACAAGAAGACGGGGCAGCCCAUGAUCAACCUGUACACAGACCGCGAGACGGGCAAACUGAAGGGCGAAGCCACCGUGUCCUUCGACGACCCCCCCUCCGCCAAAGCUGCCAUCGAUUGGUUUGACGGCAAAGAAUUCUCCGGCAACCCCAUCAAGGUUUCCUUCGCCACCCGGCGCGCCGACUUCAACCGCGGCGGCGGCGGCGGCCGAGGAGGACGCGGGAGGGGAGGCCCCAUGGGACGCGGAGGAUUCGGCGGCGGCGGCGGCUCCGGAGGUGGCAACCGCGGCGGCUUCCCAAGCGGCGGCGGCGGUCAGCAGCGUGCGGGGGAUUGGAAAUGUCCCAACCCGGCCUGCGAGAACAUGAACUUCUCGUGGCGUAACGAAUGCAACCAAUGCAAGGCGCCCCAACCCGACGGCCCCGGAGCGCCGCACAUGGGAGGAAAAUACCCCGGCGGAGGCCGAGGGGGGAACCACAUGGGAGGAGGCGGAGGAUUCGGAGAGGAGCGGCGCGGAGGGCGAGGAGGGUUUGAGCGCGGGGGGUUCAGAGGAGGAAGAGGAGGAGACAGGGGCAACUUCCGGGGAGGACGAGGAGGCGAGAGGGGAGGAUUUGGGCCCGGCAAGAUGGAUUCCAGGGGCGACCACAGGCAGGACCGCCGUGAGAGACCCUACUGACCCCCCCUCCCCCAAAACCCCCCCCCCCCCUCUUUUUUACACGGCCCCCAUUUCUCCCCUUUUUAACCCCAAAAACGGUGUCACCCCCUCCGGAAAACCCCAAUAAAGCGUUGGGGUGACGCAGA